AUUAAAAUGUUACCAAAGUCUGCCAAACUGUUGGCAAUGCCGUUACGAUCUUUCGGUCAGCGUUCAGUAGUAAGCAGAAGUAGCUCGGUCAGCUGGAGAUGCAAAACUGAAUAUAUUUCGCUGAAAAUGGGACGGACACCUCGGGGAACAGAUUCUUCGGACAAGAACCUCUGUAGAACUGAGGUGGAGGAGAAGGAGGAGGGUUCGGAUAAAAAAGAAGAAUCUGGACGUCGUCUUCAUCCUGAAAUUUUAUACGGAUUUUCCGUCCUCUCAAUAGCCGGGGUAUGGUCCGCACAGAACUACUCAAAAUCAGAGCCAGCUGACGAACCUGGAAGGUUCAGCAGGUUUGGUGUUCGAGCCGCAGAGCCAAUAGACAAAGAAAAGACUGGGGAGAAGGAGGCAGAGUCAAAUACAAGCAGUAAACACGACAAUCGGACCAGGAGACAGAGAUUUAAUUUUAUUGCCGACGUUGUAGCAGAAACUGCCCCAGCUCUGGUUUAUAUAGAAAUUAAGGAUACUUCCCAUAGAGACUACUUCACCGGCCAACCGGUAACUUCAUCUAAUGGAUCAGGAUUCAUAGUUAAACCUGACGGACUUAUUCUUACAAAUGCUCAUGUUGUGAUCAACAAGCCUAGGGCAUCAAUUCAGGUUAGGUUACAGAGUGGUGAAGUGUUUGCCGGUGUUGUAGAGGAUGUUGAUGUUAGAUCUGAUCUUGCAACCAUCAGGAUACCAUGUGGAAACCUGCCUGUAAUGAGAUUAGGUGUAUCUAAAGACCUAAAACCUGGAGAGUUUGUUGUUGCGAUGGGAUCUCCUCUUUCUCUCUCUAAUACAAUUACUACAGGAAUAGUGUCUAAUGUCGCCAGACCUCCGAUAGAACUCGGCCUAGAGGGCCGAGAUGUGCCUGAUUAUAUUCAAACUGAUGCUGCCAUCACAUUUGGAAACUCAGGAGGACCUCUUAUUAACCUUGACGGAGAAGCCAUCGGUAUCAACAGUAUGAAGGUGACUCCUGGGAUAUCAUUCGCUAUUCCAAUAGACUAUGCCAAGGAGUUUUUAAAAAAGUCUGAGGAGGCAGGCAGGUCAGCUUGGCCCACAGGUAGCAAUGUGUUAUGGAGAUAUAUUGGGAUUACGAUGGUUAGCCUGAGCCCUCAAAUGAUAGAAGAGCUUAGAAAUAGAACCAAUAUACCUAGUUCAGUUUCUCAUGGUAUACUCAUAUACAGGUUGGUUGUAGGAUCCCCUGCUGAUAGAGCAGGAGUUCGUCCUGGAGAUAUUGUCACUCAUAUCAACGGGAAACCUAUUCACGGAAGCAGGGAUGUUUACAAGAUUCUUGAAGGAAGAGAUACUCCUCUAGUUCUCACUGUUAGUCGAGAUAGAAACUACUCCAUCAAUAUUUCAGUUUAUCCAGAAUCCAUUCAAUAGAUCAGUAUCAAUCUAUCCAGAAUCCAUUCAUUAGAUCAGUAUCUAUCUAUCCAGAAUCCAUUCAAUAGAUCAGUAUCAAUGUAUCCAGAAUCCAUUCAAUAGAUCAGUAUCAAUCUAUCCAGAAUCCAUUCAAUAGAUCAGAUCUAUCUAUCCAGAAUCCAUUCAAUAGAUCAGUAUCCAUCUAUCCAGAAUCCAUUCAAUAAAUCAGUAUCAAUCUAUCCAGAAUCCAUUCAAUAGAUCAGUAUCAAUCUAUCCAGAAUCAAUUCAAUAGAUCAGUAUCAAUCUAUCCAGAAUCCAUUCAAUAGAUCAGUAUCCAUCUAUCCAGAAUCCAUUCAAUAGAUCAGUAUCAAUCUAUCCAGAAUCCAUUGAAUAGAUCAGUAUCCAUCUAUGCAGAAUCCAUCAAUCAAUUUCUCCACAGGAUGUAUUCAAUAAACUAACUCAGCCCCAUACAUCGGAAAACAAUCAGGAAAUGGAAAACUCCAUUAUUUCUCUAGGAAAUUUGAAUUUGUUAUGAAGCCCCUCGAAUAAGGGAAUUUUAAAUCUUUACAUUUAUGUAUAUUUAAAUUUACCUGUUGCAAAUUCUAAAUAGAAUGAAAAAGAAGAAAAAUAUCGCGAGGUCAAACAUUUUGAGCGAAAAAAUGUCUUAAUACAUAACUAUUGAUAUUGGUAUUCACUGAGUAAAAUUUUAGAUUUGGGGAUUUAGAACUUAAUACGCAACGUCAUUGUUAUCUAAGAGGAUUAAUUUAAUCUUUUUGACGAGAUUAACAAUACAAACGUUUUAACCGCUGCUUUUAUUUUCCAUAUAUUUUUAUAGAUUAAGAAAAAUCGUAAUUAUUAUGAAACAAAUGAGACGCAAACAUAAAAGUAUGUUUAGAAUCCUAUUAUAGUUCAUUAUAAAUUUUAUAAUGUGAAUUGUUUUCAAAAAGCAAAGCUUUCGUUUGUGACUCUUUAUGAAAUAAUGUUUUUUUUCUAUAAAAAUAUUUCCACUCUCGAAAAAUAAUGUUUUCACGAGUUUCUGCGAAAUCGAUUAAAAUAGUUUUGUUCA